CUAUUUUCUAUUUAGUUCUCUUAAUCAUUCAUCUCUUCAGGAAUAUACUCUCUCACUUUGAAAUAGACUGCACUUGUUCCUUCACUUUCCACAGGAAAAUGCAGGUUGAUAAAAUGAAGCCUCUACGAUCGAAACUGCCACUAUCCAUUGUCGCAGUCGGGGUCUGUGCCUUCGCAUUCAUUGCUGUCCUGUACAUUGAGGAUGCUGGAUAUCUAAAAUUCAUGGCAAAAUCUUGUUCUAAACAGGAACCCAUAUCCCAUUCUCAUGGGUCAAAGAGUGGGGAAAAGAAUGUCAGCUCAUCUGUGGAAGAAGAUCUUCUUGAAGACGUCGAUGGAGAUAAGGAAGAAUUUGAUCCAAACAAUUGCAGGAUUUUCAAGGGGAAGUGGGUGUUCAACACUUCAAUUGAGCCUUUAUACUCUGAUACAACUUGCCCAUAUCUGGAUAGGCAAGUUUCUUGUGUGAAGAAUGGAAGGCCAGAUUCCGACUAUCGUUACUGGGAAUGGCAGCCUGAUGACUGCAUUUUACCGAGGUUUGAUCCCAUUGGUGCUCUUGAGAAACUCAGAGGGAAGAGAUUGAUGUUUGUUGGGGACUCACUACAAAGAGGUCAGUGGCAAUCCUUUGUUUGCAUGGUUGAGUCUUCUAUACCACCAGACCAGAAGUCCAUGCAUCGAGGUCGGUCUCACUCUGUUUUCAAAGCUAAGGAAUACAAUGCAUCCAUCGAGUUUUACUGGGCUCCCUUCCUUGUAGAGUCCAAUUCCGAUCGCCCUAUCAAAGCAGAUCCCAAUGACAGAAUUCUGAGAGUCGACUCGGUGUUUAAGCAUGCCAAAUACUGGGUUGGAGUGGACAUACUUGUAUUUAACUCAUACGUUUGGUGGAUGAGUGGUCUAAAGAUCAAGUCACUAUGGGGUUCCUUUGCAAAUGGAGAAGAUGGAUUUGAGGAGUUGGACGCACCCGUUGCUUAUAGGAUUGCCUUGAAGACGUGGGCGAAUUGGGUUGAUUCUACCAUUGAUCCGAACAAGACCCGGCUCUUCUUCACUACUAUGUCCCCUACACACAUGAGGAGUGCAGAUUGGCACAAUAAGAAGGGAAUUCGAUGCUACAACGAAACUCAACCCGUGAUGGAGAAGAGAUUCUGGGGAAGUGGUGCUGACCGACGGAUAAUGGAUGUGGUGGCCGGUAUAGCAGAGAGAAUGACGGUCCCUGUGUCAUUCAUCAACAUAACACAGCUCUCAGAUUACCGAAAAGAUGGCCAUACAUCAGUUUACACUGAAACCGGAGGAGAAUUAUUAACAGAUGAGCAAAAGGCCGACCCAUUAACCUUUGCAGAUUGCAUACAUUGGUGUUUACCAGGAGUGCCAGAUACAUGGAACAGAAUGUUUUAUGCAUAUUUGUAACCAAGAGAGAUAAGGACAAGAACUACUGUUAUUCAACUACAAUUCAUCAACUACAUAGAUUCUUUUGGU